AUGAAGUUUUUUUUUCAGUAUGUGAAGAAUCCUUCUCAGGCAAUGAGUGUGUCAUUAAGGUUUUCAGGCAAGCAAGCACAGGUGGAGGUUCAGAUUUGGGAGAAAAUGGGGAAUUUGAUUUGGGGAUUUCAGAUUUGGGAGAAGAAGGAAUAA